GGCCCUAGACGGGCGGGGACCGGCUCUGGGACCUCACCCCGCUGACCCCGCUCGGGCAAGGCGAUCUCGGAGGCGCCGCGCGCAAUUUUACGCGCCCAGUCACAUGGCCCGCGGAAGGCAGCAGGAAGUGGAUUGUGGUUCCUGGGUUGCGCGUCAGGGCCGCCGCUUUGCGCCCGGGCGCUUGGAGAGGCGAGCAGAGCGGAGGUGGCUGCGAAAUCCGUGAGUUUCCUUGCCUUUUAAUGCAGCCAGGUCUGCUGCAUUUGUAACUUCUUCAGUGAUGAGACACUGCUGGAAGGAAGCAUGGAUAAGAAUAUUGCGGAGCAGCUCAAUAAGGCGUACGAAGCCUUCAGACAGGCGUGCAUGGAUAGAGACUCUGCUGUGAAAGAGCUAAAGCAAAAGACAGACAGCUAUGAAAAGCAGAUAUGUGAACAACAAAACCAAAUUGUAUUUCUUACAAACACUGUCACAAAACUCAACUCACAGUUGGCUUCUUUGAGCUGCAACAAAGAAGACAGCGAAACCAGAAGAAAUGGUACGUUACUGAACUUGAAUGCUGAUCAGCUGUAUGAAAAGCUGCAGUUGGCAAUGCAAAGAGAGAAGCUUUUAAAGGAACAAUUGGACGGUGAGAGUGUAAAGUUAAAAGAAACCGAAGAGGAAAGCAAUUUAAAAGAAAAGAAAUUUGAAUCUAUUAUCGCCAUCAAAGAAGAUGAAAUACGGCUUCUGAAGAAACAGCUGAAAGAAAUAAGUGAGGCACAAAUUUCCAUGCCAGGACCAAGAAACGAGAAAGAGGCAAGGAAUGGAAAACAUGCUUCAUCUAGGCAGGAAUUAUCUCCGGGGGCCUUCGGUACAGCUGCCUGUGAAAGGGACGAACUUGAGGCUGUUUUCUGGGGCAUGAAGGAAGAAUUUCAUCACAUACGCGCACUAGCUAAAGCACAGACGGACCAGCUGAGUAAAUUUAAACUACGGAGAGAACCUGUAACUGAAAUUCCAUUCUCCACGCCUAUCCAGUGCACUGAUGAACAAGCAGAUGACCUCUGUAAUCCUUGGGUUAAAAAGGAUCUAAACAGAGGUGCCCCACACUUCCCAUCCACCACUCCAAGCGGGAUGGGGCAGGAUGAGGAAGAAAACUCUGUGGAGUCCCUUUCUCAGUUUAAUGUCAAGUUCCCGCCCAUAGACAACGAUGCUGCUUUCUUGGAGAGCACCCCAGAUGCUCCAGGAAUCCCCUGCCUUGUGAUGACUGAGAACAUGCUCCCAGAUAAGCCGUUUCAUAGGGACCUUGGAGACCAGGACCUGAGCUACAGCGAGGUGAAGCGCAACAUGUUUGAGGGCCAUGGCGCUGACUCAAGCACUUCAGCCGCACAUAACCUGCCAGCCAAAUCGUCAGCCGCCCACACAAACGCACUCGUCCAGAGUCCUUUGGACAACCCUCUGUGUUUUCAAGUGCCUUAUGCAUACAACUUUGGAGCCACCGUCUUUCCAGAUGAAGAUAUCCCUGAAAUAAAACUUCCGUCUUUAGACGAUAACAAGAGCCCUGUUGGAGUCCCUCAGCAGCCGCUCUGGGAGCCAUAUCACACUCAAGACAAUGAUGUAUUGGCACUUCCUUCUGCAGACUCGGAACUUGAUCAGACUGGAAUAUGUGAAUUCUGUCAGAAAGUUUUUCCGCCAUCUAGUACAUCAGAGGACUUUCUGAGGCAUCUGAAUUCACACUUCAACUUGAAGUCCUAGUGUCACCGGAGUACAGAUUUUUGUUGUUGUUGUUGUUGUUGAAACCAGGUGUUGCUGUACUUUGAUUCCAGCCCAACUGCGCAUUGUAAUUCCAGAGCUUUGCGCAACGUCUAUACCAGAACCGACCUGGAGCUGUGUUAAUACGAUUUAAGCCAAUUUCAAAUGCAUAAAAGGAAAAUAACUGCAAUGCCACCAACAAAGGCAUAUCUUCCUGAGAACAGGGGUUGGGAAGAACUGAAGAUUGUGACUAUCUGGUCGAGGGGGGGGAGAAGGACUUGACUUUGUAACUAUAACACCAUUGUGCCUUUGCUUUCACUUUUAUUCACUGCAAUCUUUUUGACCAUCGAAACAAAUAUUUACUUUUGCCAUCGUGAAUGAUACAGUACUGAACUCCAGCUAAAAACAGAUGUGAUGCAGUGCUUUCAGAGCAAUUCAGCUCCCCCACCCAUGCACCAGGUUUGUAAGGGGGAGGGGGGGCUUUGGGAAGAUGAAUUAGUCAGAGGUGUCCAGAAUGGAGCUUCACUUUCCACCUGGUUUAGAAUUGCACCCUUAAUUGUGUUCUUAUUCUGUACUGAUCCUAUCACGUAGAAAUGCAUUUGCCAUAUGGGCUGGCUCAUUUGCAGUUAGUGUUAGUGACUCAGUGGCCCAUCCUUCUUGGCUACUGGUCCUAAGUGUGCCAGUGCUCCACAUAAAUGGAUCAGUGCCUUUAGUAAAGACAUUAACCAUGACUAGUGGCCAUCAAGCAAUUUUCUAGGAGGAUGUUUGGAACAGAAUAAAAAGUUAGCUAGAGCAGGGCUUUGCUGUUUCGCUUUGUCCUUUUUCAGGAUUGGUGAGUGGUCUCACAUAGGUGAUCUCACUUAAAUUAUAUCACUGCUAUAGUAACAAAACUGCCUCUGGGAAUGCGGAUUCCUGUUCCUGAAACAUAAAUUCCAUUGUUUAAGGCUAGCAUAGAAUAUUCAAACUGACCUAUGGUGUCAUGUUUACCCCAUAAAUAUUGGACUCGCACAAUCAGUGUUUGUGUGUCUUCCAAUCUAAAAAAAAACAAAAAGUCCCUGUUGCAAAGGGAAGAAGAUGGUGCCUAAACUGAAACGAAUUCACCCUGUGAUUUGUAAACUGUGUAAGCCAGGCUACUGACUUUGUGAUGAUGUGUAAUCAAGCUCUUUAAUUUUGGGUGUGGAGAAGGCAGUCUCACACAGGGAACCUGUUUCUAUGUGGAUUUCCCCAUUCCCCUAUCCGGUAUAGUUGAUAAGUAUCAGUAGAGGAUAAUAGCAUUUGCUUGCAAUAAAUGUUAACUUUGUGGAGAAAAGUGGUAGCGCGAUAGUAGAGCAUAUUAUUGGCAUGCAGAAGACACCACUGUCAAUCCCUGGCAUUUCCUGAUAGGGCUGAAAAACGUGGCAAAUAAGUACUAGUCAGCACAAAAAGUACUGAGUGUGGUAUGGCUUGAUAUAAGGAAGCUUCCUGUGUUCCUAUACUUACCUUCCCAGGCAUCUUGAGGGAAGCUAGGGAUCCUAGGUCCAUCCUUCACAAAGCCCCUAAUUUCCCAGGCAGCUCUUUUGUAUUUUCCUCGCCAUUACCUUUACCCCUUCCUCAUCCCCCUCUCCCAGCUUUAGGAAGCUGGAAGCAUGCCUUAAUUCCUGCCAAUUGAGCAGGCAGAAAUGGCUGCCAGUCUUGGUGUUGGUGGGCAGUGGGAGGACCUGAGGCCUCCAGAGUUGUCAGUAGAUGAAGGGCCCAGGAGUUGCAGGGAGCAGCCGUAAGCCAGCAAUAGAGCAGAGAACAUCAUCUGCCAGACAGUAGAGGCAAUAUUGGACUAGGCUUGUCAAUGAUCUGGCAAUAUAAGUAGUUAAUGUCAGAACAGUAGGUGGCCCUGGAUGAAGAUGGCCCUGUUUGCGUCAAAAAACAUGUCUUACCAGUUAAGUGGGACUGAGAUGAACAUUGUAUAAGACUUUUAUAAUAUAUAAUGAGUACACAAACAUUUAGCUUUAUUGGGGUAUUGCAUGGGGAGGUUUGUGGUGAGUGUUUUUAAAAAAACAAAACAUUCCCAUUUUAGAGGUGAAAUAAGUUGUUAAUUCUGAGUGUUUUAUAGCCAUCAGGCUUUACGUGAGACACUUCAAGGCCCCCCCCAACAGUAUAAUAUUUUUCAACAAGCUGAUCAUGUUUGCAACGUGAUAAUCUUGGACUGUUGGGGUGUUUUUUUUUGUCCAGAUGUAAUAAUUUUAUAUAGUUAGGAGUUUUAAAACUGUCUGUAUAUGCUGUUAAUAUCUAAAUUCACUUUUCCCAAAUGUUUAGUAUUUACAUAAAAGUCCCAAUUUUGCAAAUUGAAA